AUGCAUUCACAUCACAGUCAUAGUGGAGAUUAUGUAGCUCAUGCUACAGAUACGCUAGAAGGAAUUGCCGAUAGAGCGAUUGAGAUGGGAUUUGAGACUUUUUGUUUAACUGAACAUAUGCCUCGAAUCGAUUCAAAGUUUUUAUACCCAGAAGAGAUUGAACAAAAUUAUGGGAUUGAAACUUUGGAGACAAACUUUGACAAAUUUUAUCACCAUGCUAGAAGGUUACAGAAAGAAAAAAUAAAAUCUGGUUGUAAGACUCAUUUUCUAGUUGGACUUGAAGUUGAAGGUAUUGAUGAAGCGCAUAUUGAAUUUGCAGCGCAGAUUUUAGAGAAAUAUGACAUUGACAUGACUGUUGGUUCAGUCCAUUUCGUCAAACAGAUACCAAUUGAUUUCAACCGAGAGAAUUGGGAACUUGCGAAGGAUCGUUGUGGUGGUAUUCGAGGAUUAUUCAAGGAAUAUUUUGAACUUCAAUAUAAAGUGUUGACAAAAUUGAAACCUCUCGUUGUUGGUCACUUUGAUUUGAUUCGGUUGUUUUCAGAUGAUGAUGACUUGGAUGAAACUACUGGCUUAACUCUAGGCCAAAUUGAAUUGGUCCAAGACUGGCCAGAGAUCUGGGAUCUGAUAACUCGUAACUUGAUCUUUAUUAAUUCUUAUGGUGGGAUAAUAGAAUUCAACAGUGCAGCCAUAAGAAAAGGUUGGAAAACACCUUAUCCUAAAAUGGAUAUAUGUCAAGCUGUUAUACAGUACUGUGGAAGUCGUUUUUGUCUCAGUGAUGACUCCCAUGCCAUAGCUCAAGUUGGUUUAAAUUAUCACAAGGUCAAAGAGUAUGUCAAUGAGCUCAAGCUGAAAAAAUUAUUGUAUUUGGACUUUGAUUCUGCUUCUGGGAAGAUAGAAAUAAAAGAAAAGCCGGUUGAUGAUUUCAAUUCUAGUGAGUUCUGGAGCCAAUACUCACAAUAA